AUGCUUGCAAAAGAAGACCAUAUUUACCGGCUCAACCACGUAAUCAAUACCCUCUUUCGAUUCAACUUGCACGCGAUCGAUACGGUCAAACUACGCACUGCAAUCGAGCUCGCUAACUAUUUAUUCGAUGUCGCGGGAUUGGAUCAAGUACGCUUACCACGGCCCGACAGCAGCAACCACAAGCAACCGGACCUGUAUGUUCUGCUAAUGAAUCUCCUCAACUCGACGCGGCCGCCAAAGUCGAAACCUGUCUGCCACAACUGUAACACCAAACCAGCAUCUCGCCGUAAACUGUGCGUCGCUUGCUAUCGUUACCAACUCAAACACGGCGAGCCUCGGCCCCUUCGUCUCAUCAUUGCAAGCAGACACAGCUGUCGCGUAUCACCACCAUCACCCCAGCCACCAUCAUCGGUAUCUUCCCCAGCGUCAUUGCUACUAAGAAAUCAAACGCAUGUAAAAGCACACAAGUCUUGUGCCAACUGUGGAAUACAGCAUACACAUCAAUGGUAUCGAAAUCUAUGUGGCUCGGGGCACUGGUGUGAGACCUGCAAGAGCUAUUACUUACGACACAAUCGAGUGCGUCCGCCACAACUGUUCGUCAAAGCCGCUAAGCGCAAAGUAAACGUUCGCGCGCUCGUCGAUUGGUCGUCCUCCGCCCUUCCCUCGCCGUCGACAGGGUCGGAAAAGUUGUCACCCGAGUUGGUUUCCUCGCCAAUCCACUCGCCGGCAUCGUCAAGCGGCCAAGCAACGCCAGUGCAGACGCAUCUCCAAUAUGCAACAACAACAGUAGCAGCAACAGCAGCAUCAACAUCGUCAUUCAGCAGUUCCAGUAGUAACAAUAUCGUUGUGUACUAUCAUCAGCUUCACAAUCCUCACUUUCUGAUUGCGUCAAGCAGCAAAGAUAUAGAGCCACGUUCUUAA